GCUGAAGCAGCUGCUGGCCCGGGUGUUUGGAGUUUGACCACUGAGAAACGAUCGCAGUGGACAAUGAGUGGACAGUGAGUGGACAAUGACUGGUGACGCUGUUUGAGAGCUGCAUAUCAGCCAACCGAUUGUGCUGGAAUCCAAGUAAAGUGUUGUUCUGCUCCCGAAGCUAUGGAGCCAACAUCAGCCAACACGUCCUCCAGUCCAUCCUCUGUCACCACAAUGAGGACGGAAUCUUCCUCGUCGAGAUCACCCCCUGACCGCCCUCGACUGGUCACACAGUCCAGCACACCGUCGUCACCUGGUGUGGUUUCCCGCUCCUCAUCUCUUUCGACGCCGCCAGCGUCUCCUUCACCACAGCCCCUCAGAAGCCCCUCUCACCUGGGUCGAUCACAACUCAAUGGGACCACCAGUACAGCUCCAACAUCACCUGAAACAGACCUAGAGGAGGAGGUCAGUUUUGAAGAUCUGGAGAAAAGAGCAAAGUCAGGAGAUGCUAAGUCUCAGACCAAGAUGGGACGCUUCUUCCUGGCUCUGGCUGAAGAGCGAGACGAGGAGCUGAACAACUGCACGGCUGUCACAUGGCUGCUGCAGGCGGCUAAACAAGGACGCAAGGACGCUGUCAAGCUGCUGCAGCAGUGCUUAGCCUCCAGGAAAGGCAUCACCCUGGAGAACUACGAAGAGGUGAAGAAGCUGUGUAUGGAGACACGUUUCGAAAGAGGGGUCCGGAAAGCGGCGCUGCUCAUGUACUGGAAGUUGAACCCAGAGAGGAAGAGGUCGGUGGCUGUUUCCGAAAUGCUGGAGAAUGUUGAGCAUGUCCACACAGAUCAAGGUAAACCAGCGUCUUCUGUGCCACUGAACCGGUCUGCGAAGAAACAAAGACGGGUCCUGGAGUCCAUGGUGACCAGUGAGUCCUGCUCACACGUUGGCCUGGAAGAUUUUGUCGAGAUGACAAAGAAGUACGCUCAGGGCAUCGCACCGUCGCCUGUCAUGGCUGCAGCUGGGGGCAAUGACGAAGACAACGAGGGUGAUGAUGUCGUCGUGAAGAAUCCGGAUGAGCUACCCCUCCACCAGAAGAUCCUGAAGUUCCCCCUGCACGCCUUACUGGAGAUCAAGGAGCAUCUCAUCGACUGGGCCUCACGGGCGGGUAUGCAGUGGCUCAGCGCUCUGAUCCCGACUCACCACGUCAACGCGCUGAUCUUCUUCUUCAUCAUCUCCAACCUCACCAUCGAGUUCUUCAUCUUCCUCAUCCCACUGCUGGUCUUCUACCUGUCCUUCUUCUCCAUGAUCAUCUGCACGCUGCGAGUGUUCCAGAAUUCUAAAGCGUGGGAGAAUUAUCGGGCGCUGACUGACCUGCUGGCUCACUUCGAGCCCGGACUGGAUCUGGAGCAGGCGGAAACCAACUUCGGCUGGACGCACCUGGAGCCGUACCUCUACUUCCUGCUCUCUGUGCUCUUCGUGGUGUUCUCCUUCCCCGUGGCGGACAAGUCUUGUAUCCCCUGCUCGGAGCUGGCAGCUGUCGCCGUCUUCUUCACGGUCACCGCCUUCCUCGGUCUUCAGGCCUCUGCCAAACUCUUCGCCCGCAGAGCCCUCCUCACCGAGGUCCUCUCAGGAGCCUGCUCCCUCACCCACUUGCUUCCCGACUCCCUCUGGCUCCUCCGAUAUUUAGGAAUGACAUUGAUCUCAGUGCCCGUAGGCGACAUCUUGGCCGUGAACCUCGGGCUGCCUUGUCUUCUCUACGCCCACCUCUUUUAUCUUCUCUUCCAAAUGGCCCAGCUCAGAGGCUUCAAGGGGACCUACCUCUGCCUGGUGCCGUACCUGGUCUGCUUCACCUGGUGCGAGCUCUGCUUGGUGUUCCUCAACAACGCCACCGCUAUCGGACUCAUCCGCACCUGCAUCGGCUACGUCCUGUUCCUGUUUGCGCUGCCGGUUCUGUCCUUGGGGCUGGCGGCCGUGCUCAUCGUCCAGCUGCUGCGGUGGUUCCUCGCGCUGGAGGUCCUGAAGAUGGUGGUCACCAUCACUGUCUGUUUUGUGCCGGUAGUCCUGAGACUGUGGACCCGCUUCAGCCUGAACCCCAUCGUGGUUUUCCGCUCGCUGUCCAGAAGCAGCAUUGUCAAGUUGAUCCUGGUGUGGAUCAGUGCCCUGGUGCUGUUCUGCUGGAUGUAUGUCUACAGGUCAGAGGGCAUGAAGGUGUAUAACUCCACGCUGACGUGGCCCGAGUACAGCAACCUCUGCGGCCCGAUGGCAUGGAAGGAGUCCAACAUGGCCCAAACUCAAAUUCUCUGCUCUCAUCUGGAAGGACACCGGGUCACCUGGACGGGGCGCUUCAAGUACGUCCGCAUCACAGACAUCGAGAAUGGACCUCAGUCAGUCAUCAACCUGCUGCCCGUCUUUUUGGGAAACUGGAUGCGGUGUCUUUACGGAGAUCCGUAUCCGGCUUGUGAGGAAGCGCCGGCGCCACUGCUGGCCACCCCGCUGUGCAAGCUGAAGGAACUGGCCAAGCACGAAUGCCACGUGAAACGCUUCGACCGAUACAAGUUUGAGGUGACGAUGGGAAUGCCGCUGGAGAAGAAGACCAAGAACGGAACCAUCAUAGAAGACGAAGACGCCACCAAGGACAUCGUCCUGCGGGCGAGCAACGAGUUCAAGUCGGUGCUGCUACACCUGAACACGGGAAGCGUGGUGGAGUUCAGCACCAUCCUGGAGGGACAGUUGGGCUCCAAGUGGCCUGUGUUUGAACUGAAGGCCAUUCAUUGUCUGUCGUGUGGCAGCGCGCCGGUUCCCAGCCGGAGACACUACAAGAUCGAGCACGACUGGAGGCGCACGGUGCAGAGCGCCCUGCAGUUCGGCUUCGACUUCUUCUUUAACCCUUUCCUGAGCGCGCGGCUGCAGGAGCACUCAUCCGUCGAGACGGUGCCUCCGGAGGGAGAGUGACGCGGCGUCUUCAUAGAUCACAUCACCAAUCAAAGAAUCAGAGCUGACGCUAAUGUGACAACACUAAACUGUCAGAAAUUAGUUUUAAGAUGAUUUGCUUGAAUCUGUUUGAAUGUUCAGUGAAUAUCUGAUGCGUGACAUCGCGGGGUGGCUCUGACCUCUGACUUGAGUUUUAUGGUCCUUAAUUUUUCAUUGAUUUAUAUUUAUUACAGACGACUGUCGGUCUUCUGUCUGUGUGUGUCUUCAUGCCUGCUGUGCAGGAUGUCACUACAAAAUUAAAAAAAAGAGAAUUUGCAGUCACUCCACGUCUUCGUCCCUUUUCGCCCAAAAUAUGGGACCAACAUUAACGGUGCGAAGCUGCCCUGGUGGUUGCUCAUAAUAACCCCAGCUGAACAAUCGGUGGAUGCAAUUUCUUUGAAGUUUUUAUUGAGAAAAACAUAUUAAAUCAUUUGUAACUGUCCGUGUGACAGUUAUCAUCGACAUACAUCAAGACAGAUGACGGAGCUGAACGUCAAGGACAAAGAAGAAAAAUCUAAAAAUAAACCUUUCUGCAAAGAAACACAUGGAAGGAAGGCUGACGAGAUGAGAGCACCAUCUCAGCUGAAGUUUAGUGUGGGACAUCAGGACUUAGAAAACAGACAGGACCUCAAACAUCAGCAGGUAUAUACAGACACCACUGUGGCCCUUUUUUUUUGUUUUGUUUAAAGAGACAUUCUUCAUCUCAGCCCCACGGGAGACUCCUGCUCAUUCACAUGUACAUGUUUGACCCAAACACUAGUAAACAUGCUUCCAUGUCCGCAGACACGGAUAAUAGAGGAGGAGCUGGGUCGUAAGUGUUUAGCUCGUGCUGCAUUGGGGGCCCCGGGGCCCUGAAGCUUUUGUACAGCCGGGUCUACGUGGUUAAGAAGGCAGCCAAGUCAGUCGGUCAAUUUAAAAACAGCAAGGCUUAAAUCUGUUCCACAUGCAGCGUCUUUUUUUUGCUUUUUCAGUUUUUUUUUGCUUUGUUUGUGUGAUGUUUAAUGCGGACCAGAAGCAGCAGGAGAUUUGGACGGUCGACACAAAUAAGUCGCUUCUGGGAAACGCAAGGUGGGAGCUUGGAUUAGGGGGGGCUUUCAUUCAAUACGGGAUUGAGAGCAAAGCGUGUUGCAUUCACUUGAGAAAGACAUGAUAAAAGGUUGGCGUGAGGAGAAUGGGAUGAGGAUCAGCGCCGCUCAAUUUGCGGCGGCUAAUCCUCUUUAAUCCAAGUGUGUACAUUUGUGGUGGUUUAAUUCAUC